AUGGCCGUCACAUCUCAACUUCACAGCUGGCUACCCUGCGCCUAUAUCCACUCACCUCACCGCAUAUACGAUUGACUAUCCGCAUUAUAGCCGCUCCCAAACAUUAAUCAUUGGCACGAUGGUGCUUCCUCCUGCAGCCAACGCUCCCCCUCCAACCCUCCCUCCCUCCGUGGAAGAAGCCUACCGCCGAAAAUGCAUCCAACUCCGCCACCGCAUGAAGACCGUCGAAGAAGCCAACGACGCCUCUAGAAUCCGCCUCCUGCGCAUGCGCCGCGGCAUCGAAAAGAUGCGUCUCGAGCGCGCCUUCCUCCUUGAGCAGCUCGCCAAGCGCACCUCUACAAACGUUGAGGACUCAGAUGGCAGUCCCAGCCCUCCACCUACGCCGAAGGAGAAACCUCUGAGGACGAAGCGCGGAAGACGUGCACCGGAUUUCCUCCAGGAUCAGCCUGAUGCUGCUUCUGGGCUGUCGCAUGGGAAUGGGUCGCGUCAGGCCUCUUUCGCUGGCUCUGCGAACGGCCGCUCAGCAUCCAACCCCUCCAACGCCGCCGCGGCCGGUGCAUCAACGACUCGCUCCUCGCAAGCCAACGGCACCUCCGCCCCCCGCCAACCACGCAGCGGCUUCGACGUAUUCGUCAAGUCCAUGCGCUCCGUUCUCCUCGUAGCGAACAGACAAAAGAUCAAGGAGGGAACAUACGACGUCGACCAGGACCUUGCGAGGAAAUGGACGAACCUAGGGUCGGAGAAGCAGGGCGAUUAUUGUCGUAGGUUUGAGGAGGGAGAGUAUGAGGGCUGGGAGGAGGCGGAGAGUAGGGAUAAGAAGAGGUUGGCGGAGGGGGAUGAUACGGAUGCGGAUGCGGAUGUGGCGGCGGAGGCGGAGGAUGUGGAGAUGGGCGAGGAGAGUGGGGAGGGGGAGAGGCAUUAGGUGGGGGAUGCUGAGGAUGGGGAAUGGUUUGGGUUCAGGUGCGCGGUCGUGACGGAUGAGGAUGCUGGUGUAUUAUAGGUUUUCCCUACGGCGCUGUUUUUAACAUUUCGAUUAGACGAGGAAAAGCCAUAUGCGGAAUUUGGAGUCGGAGAAUAUCAAUACGGGAAUUAAUGACUUACAGAAACAUCACCGCUAUCAGAAUGUCAUCAUAUGAUCUGUGCUAUUAACAUCGCCAGUACGAUACCAGUUCUAGCCACGUAUUUCCCAGAAGGGAGAGGGAUCAACAUCUACUCUGCGUUUCCCAGUGUCCAUCUCGG